CAAUAGCAGCCCGUCUCUACAGGCAGUCACUUCCGGCCCCGGUGGUCCCCAUGAGUAGCAGCAGCCCGGUGCAGAUAUUAGCCAAAGCAGCCACUCAGCAAGGAAUACGUCCAUGUCCUCACAUGAAACAAGAGAACGACAACAACGAGUCAUUUAUUUGCCCUUUCCGUUCUUCAACAUACUUUCUUCCAGCCUUUGCUAAAUUUAGUUUGACAAAGUAACUCCAGUAAGAGGCGCUGGUUCGCCGCUCCGUUACUCCCACGUUCCCCUCGGUUAGCUAACCUAGCUCAAACUUUACAGGCGACGGUGACUUCCCGCCUCUCGCGCCGACAUGUCGGAGUACCUGGACGACCCGUCUGUGCUCACCAAGGACAAGCUGAAGAGCGAGCUGCUGGCCCACAACGUGGAGCUUCCAAGCGGCAACACGACCAAGGACGUGUACGUGCAGCUGUAUCUGAAGAACCUAACCGCUCACAAGAAGCCCGUCGCAGCGCUGGACGUGUUCUCCAGCGACGAGGAGCUGCCGCCGCCCGUGGUCUUCAGCAGAAGUCGCUCUUCCGGCAGAAAAGCCACAAGGAAAACAGACAAGGUUCGUCCCGACGAGAUGGAUGUUACCAUGCUGACCGAUGAGGGCCUGAAGGGCGAGCUGUUCAAGCACGGAGUGGAUGUGGGGCCCAUUGUUGCAUCCACCCGGAAGCUGUAUGAGAAGAAACUGCAGAGGAUGCUGGACGACGGUCCCGCCCAGCCGCCAAAGCUGCUGCUCUCAGAGAUCCAAGUGAGCCACAACGGCAACUCCGAGUCCGACCUGUACAGUGACAAGGAGGAUGAACCAGAACCUGUGGCAGAACCGGAACCAGUUCCAGUGGUGGAGAGACCAGUGAGAAGCAGAGGGAAGACGCCCGUCACCACCCGCACCCGCAGCAGCCAGCACCGCACGCUCAAAGUGGAAGACGUGGUGUUGUGUCUUCCCAAACCCCCCCAGGAUUCAUGUCAGCAGCCAGCGGCUGUGCUCAACACCGCUCUGUUAGAGGAACCUGAGACAAGGACUGAACCUUUUAGACCAGCUCGGACGGGCUCUUUGACUUGUACUAAACAGAGUCCACAGCCGUCUGCCAAGUCAUCCAGGCCUACCUCCCCUCUGGCUCAAAUCACCAAAGUCGGCCCGGUCCCCUUUAGCCCCUUGUGUAACAUCUCGCCCAUUAAGAGACAAGGGUACCACUGGUCUCUGUCGGACCAGUUUGGAUCUCAGGCCGGCGGUGUCUCUGUAGCACGGGUGGAGAAGAUUGCAGCCAGUGAUCAAACCCCGAAAGUGGAGGAGAAGGACGUUCUGAAGGAGCUGUUCCCCAAUGACAUCAAUAGUCCAACAGGAAUCACCGCCACCUGUCGGCGACCCAUUAGAGGAGCCGCCAGUCGCCCACUGAUGUCCAGAGACCUGUGGAAUGAUGAAAACCGCCUCUUCUCUCCAAAAACCACCAAGACAACCAGCUCCUCCUCCUCCUCUUACACAGAGAGCUGCACUGUCAACAAAGUCAGCAGCCUGCCCCCCCCCACCUCCUUCUCCUCCUCCAGGCUUUUGUCUGCAGCCCCCCCUGCAGGGCCGACCAGGGCAGCGUACCGCAGCGUGUCUCUGUGGAUAAAGCUCUUCCUGCUGGCCAUUGUGGCUGCUUUCCUGUUCUUGGUGUACCAGGUCAUGGAGACCGACACCAUCAACCCAUUUACAGCCCCAGACACAGGGGUGGCCAGUGGCAGCACAGCAUAGAGGGCUCAGUGUCUGAGGGGGACACCCAAGCCUGUCUGAUUCGGUCUUUUCAAGUGGGGAUCUGCAUUGUAGCCAUUUUAUUCCCGGGCGCUGUGAAAUGAAAUUCCUCUUUUAUUGUUUCCUUUUUAUAUCGAAAUCUAUUUUCAGCACAUGACGUAGCCGUUUCAGCGACAAGUGAAGGAUGUCCAAGACAUGUUGUGAAAGAACAGCACCUCCUGUGCUGCUGUUUGCUCCUUUCUUCAUCUGUGACAGUCUGUGAGGUGACAACAAAGCCAGUCACACACAGUAGGCCUCAUAGAGGUGUGUGUGUGUGUGUGUGUGUGUGUGUGUGUGUGUGUGUGUGUGUGUGUGUGUGUGUGUGUGUGUGUGUGUGUGUGUGGCGCCUUAGUGUCUCUGGUAUCUUUGUUAAUGAGACAGGGAGGCUUCUUAUAAUCCUAAAUCUUCUUAAACCCUACACCAAUGUUUUCUUUCUCUUGAACAUCCCUCUGGAUUUUACCUAAUUAUGUAUUCACUGUCUCAAAUAUUGAAUAUCCACUCAAUAAACUAUUAUGUUGUUA